AUGGACAAAGAUGAAGUCCCCGAGCAGUUCAUCUGCCCUAUCUCAUUGGAGAUCAUGAAAGAUCCGGUCACCACCGUUACCGGCAUCACCUACGAUCGAGAAAGCAUCCAACGAUGGCUGUUCGACUCCACCGCCGCCAACCGGACACUAAAAUGUCCAGUCACCAUGCAGCCACUCUCCGGCGGCCCGGACCUAACCCCCAACCACACCCUCUGCCGCUUGAUCCAAACGUGGUGCUCCGCCAACUCGAACGGCAAUGUGGACCCCAUGUCCACUACUCCUCAAAGUCAAUCCCGCGUCACGAGCAUGAUCGACGACCUCUGCCACCACCCGAGCCCUCAAACCAGGCUCGAAACCUUAAGGAAGCUCGAAUCCCUAGCGGUUGAGAGCAAACGUGAUAGGGUUUUGCUAUCCGAGACCGACACGACCGACGCUUUGAUAUCGUUCAUCGAGUCGUGCCGUGAGAGCCGCUCCACGGAAGGUCUCGAAGAGGCUUUAAGCCUUUUCCACCUCAUUCGGGUCGGGGCGCAGGGCCCACCGUCGACAGCAGACGAGCGCGUCGUCGCCUCGUUGCUCUGGAUUUUGGCCGAGGAGAGCUUCGACGACCAAACUGCCGUUGUGGUUAAGACGCGCGCGGCGUGCCUGCUGAGGGCCGUCGUCCGGUGUGCGGACUCUGCAAUGCUCGAGCAUCUGAGGCUCGAGUUCUUCGGAGCCGUGCUCUCAGGCCUCCGGCCCGAGAAUUCGGUCCCUCAUGAGGGAGUGGUGUCGUUGUUGCACGUCAUGCUCGAGACUUGUAUGUGGGCACAUAAUCGGGCGAUGAUGGUCGAGUUGGGGGCGGUUGCGGAGCUAAUUGAGGUGGAGGUGAGGUGCGGUGGGGAGCGGAGGACGACGGAGCUAGUGCUCGAGAUACUGUGCCACCUGUGCUCGUGUGCGGGUGGGCGGGCCCAGCUGGUUGGCCACCCUGACGGGAUCACGUUGGUGACGAGGCGGAUGCUCAGGGUGUCCCCUGCGGCGGACGACAGCGCAGUGUUCAUUGUGUGGCUCGUGUCAAAGUAUUCUGGCGGUAACGGGCACGUGGCAAGAUUGAUGGCUCGGGCCGGGACGCAUGUCAAGCUAUGUUCAAUCGUAUUGGCGGCGGACCAAAAGACCCAUCUCAAGGAGAAGGUGAAGGAGGUCUUGAGGAUGCAUGUCGACAAUUGGAAAGUCCACUCGUAUGGAGUUUUGGCGAAGGUUUUCCACUGA